AUGGCGAAGGAAAGAGCUGCAAGGCUCUUGCGACAGGCCUAUGCAGACUUUGCGACCGUCUGCCCUGCCUGCACUUGCAAAGAGCUGCAUGCUCGACGUCUGUCGCUUAUACAAUCAAGACAAACGCUUGCCGCAUCAGACCGACGACCGUUCUUGGUGGACAAGAGGAGGAUGGCAUAUAGCACGCAGCCAAGCAUAUCGCCCUAUCUAGCUACAGACAUCUUUGAAGAGCACACAAGCGAGUACGGAAGCAGGGAGCAUGUUGCAGCAGAUAGUACAGACCUGGCAGAGGCAGCCCGAUCGCGUCUUAUACAGUCAAUACUCAACCAGCCUUACGAGACUGCCAACGAGACCCGGCGCAAAACGCUUGCUUCCGGUCAGUCGAUCUCACCAGACGAGAUCUUUGAGAGGACAGCCAUGCAACGACUCGAGCUUGGCGACUUGCAUGGGUUCCUCAAUUGGUUCGAGCACGCGCCGCCGUUUGCAGAUACGGUGCCUGGCCCAGACGAUCCUGCUGAGCUUGUCACUAUUGCUCUCAUGCGCGACAGUAUCACUGUGCGAAAGCAUACACGUGCUGCAAAAUUCUUGGCGGCAGCUCAGCGGUUCGUGACUGCAGCAACGAGCGAGCGGAAGCCCACCGAGCAAGCAGCUACUUUGUCGCGCGCCUUGGUGAUAGCCUUUGGCACAUUGGCAGCUCGCAAAGGAUUUGUCACGACGACGGGGCACCUCGUGCUAGACUGGUGCAGUCGUCAACGAGCAACGCCGGAGCUCGCACAGCUCCCUGUCGACAUGGUUCACGAAGCCCAGCUAACGGUCGCACAAUCAGACGCGAGCCUGCGCAGACAGACCGAUGAGUUUCUGCACAAAGCCGUCAAUCUCUAUUUACGGCGAAGAUCCUCGGCGGGCUUCGAAGAGGGACUCGAGACUCUGCAUCGAGCGCGCAAAGUACCAGACUUCUCGCCCAAGGGUUUACCCAAUAUCACCUUUGGCACUUACUCGCACAUGCUCCUUGUGCUCAAAGACCAGAAUGCUAUCGCUCAGUGCAGAUCUCUGAUGCUCCUCGAUCAUCCUCAAGAAGCAAGUGACUCUGCACGCCAGGCAAGGAUAGCCACGCGAGCGAAGCACGACGAGUGGUCAGCACGGCGACAGGCGGAGACCGCUACUGAGCUCGCCUCAGCGCUCGCCUCACAUUCUGCGUCAAGAGCUUGCAAGGCUCUAGCAGCCUGCUUACAUUUUGCAGUCAAAACUAUUCCAGCUUCAAGAGUGGCGGCUGUUCAUCAGCUCGUUGAUCAACUCAGGAAGACAAAAGGCAACGAGGCAGCAGAAGAGGCAUUGAAGCCUCUCGUGCGGGAUCUCCGCGCUGCACAGCAUCUGCGCAAGCUCGACUUGCAUUGGGCGGGCUUGAUGUAUCACUACAUCCAGUCGAACCAACCUGAGCUAGCUCUCCUUCUCUUCGAACGCAAGUUUGUACCCGGCGACUUGCCGCAAGGGACGCUCAACCAGCUACUUGACCCCGUGAGGCCCCAAGCAGAGGCGGCUGCCUCGAGCCUUUCGCUUUUCUUCGAUCCGUCGACCAAGAUCUUUGCGAGCCGACAGACGAUGACCGUCUUGUCCCAGGCGAUGCUCAUGCUGACUGACUCGCUCAGCGACUUGCGAGAAGCAUAUGCAGCGUUUCUUGUUACGAGCUAUGGCGUUGGAGGCAGUCCUGCUUCGACGAUGCCAGUCAGCAAACCAACGGCUCCAUCCUACCUUGUCUAUCUGCGUCACUUUGCAAGGCUCAGCGCUCAGCCGGAAGAGCUGCUCGGCAUACUUGAUGAUAUGCGGCAGCACCAAACGCAGCCGACGACCGAGAUCUUCAACGUCCUUGUGGGCUAUUUCGCUCGCGAGGGCGAUAGUCAUAGCGUGUCUCUGAUACUACAUGCGAUGGAGUUGGCUGAAGCCAAAAUACUUCGACUCGGUAAACCUGUCGAAGCCUUACGAUUGCCGGAAGCCAUCGAAUUCAACUACACUCGUCGACUACAGAGUCUUCUCUCGGAUGGCUACUUUGUGCCUGCCGUCGACGAUGCGACCUACACCACGAUCCUUCGUGGUCUGGCAGGUGCGGCGAACACGGUAUGGUUCCCUGCAUGGCGGCUCGAGGCGGCCAAAUUGGUCAUCGCCCGACUUCAGGUAAGGCAGCCGGACCAAGUGUCACGCGAUCCUCCACGGAGUGGGCGAGAUUUCACAGCUUCGCGGCUGGCGCACGCGAUGAAGCUCACGGCCUAUAUGGCUAAGAGGCUAGAGCGACGUAAUAACCCAAGCAUGAGAUCGACCUUUGCUCUUCAGGACGGCACUGCACUCUCCGCAAGAGAGCGGACUGACAAGACGCCUUUGUGCUAUCAGGCGAAAACAUCUACCCGCGCUAUCGCAAUGGCGUCAAGGAGCCUAGUCUUUGUCCUGUGCGCCCUUUCGACUGCGCUACCGGCUGUUGUCGCCCACGCACAUGCUGCCAAUGGCUUGCCCAGGCUUGCCGCGAGGAGCGCAGAGCAAGUCGAAAAGAUCGAGCGUCUCUUCCGUAGACAAUCUGCCGCGGGUACUCCCUCGACGAUUGUGGGACUGCAGAGCGACUAUCCGCCCAUGGACGUCUUCGGACCUGCGCCUCAGCAAGCCUGGAUCGACGCAUACAAUGUCGCAAAGGCGGCAGGACUGAUUCCCGACAUUCCGCCUACCACUAACAAUCAAGGCACCAUCACAUACCCUGCCAGCGUGGCGAACCCACAGAGCGAUGUCAUUUGCAGCUGGACACAGAACAAAUGCUUUGCGCACGACGAUAUACACAACGCGCCCGAUGGCAUGGUCGGCAUCAGCUUUGAUGAUGGCCCACAGCUCCCCUCGCCGACGCUAUACAAUUUCUUGUCCCAGCAAGGCCAGAAGGCCACACAUUUCUACAUCGGUAGCAGAAUCAUUGAGAACCCCACUAUCUUUACACAAGCACUCAAUAAUGGCGACGAGAUUGCAGUACACACUUGGGCUCAUCCAGCCCUCACGUCCAUGACGGACAUGCAAUUGCUAGGCGAGUUCGGUUGGUGCAUGCAGGCCAUCUACGAUAUGUCUGGCAAGAUCCCUCGUCUAUCGAGACCCCCUUAUGGCGACAUCGACAAUCGCGUGCGUGCGAUCGCGAAUCAGGUCUUUGGCCUGACGAAUGUCAUCUGGAAUCAAGACACCCUUGACUGGACGCUUACAGACGCCAGCGCACCCGGCACCGCAACGCCCGGACGAGGACCUCAGACUGAUGCGGGACUCGUCGGCGAGCUCAGCGGGUUUUACGCCGGUGCCAAAUCGCCGGGACUGAUCAUACUCGAGCAUGAAUUGAGCACGCGCACGGUCGCCGGCUUCAUCAACACGUAUCCUCAGCUUAAGGCUGCUGGCUGGGAUCCACGUUCAAUCUCGGAUCUCUUCGGAACGCCUUGGUAUCAGAAUGCCAACAAUGACGAAGAUGUUGCCAUGUCGAUGCCUAUCGCCGUCGGCGGUAAUCAUCUGGCCUACAAUGCAACGACAUCAGUGGCCGCGCCAUCGACUACUUCAAGCAGCUCAGUGUCUACCACGAGCGCACCUUCGACAACAAUGGCUGCUCCAUUGACGACCUCAAUCAACUCUGCAGCCUCUGCGGCAGCCGAGUCUUCGGCAGUAGCUGUCGCUGCCGGCGGAAGCUUAUCUCACUCGGAUACCUCUACGACAAAGAAGAGCGCCAUGUCGCUCAGCACAGGUGCCAUCAUUGGCAUUGCUAUCGGCGGUGCCGUCUUAUUCAUCUUGCUUUGCUCGUGCUGCUGGUUCUGCUGCUGCCAUACACGCAAGCCAACCCAGGCCCGAUAUCGCGAAGCUUGGCAGCCCACUCAGGAGAUCUCACAGCUGCCAGUCAAUACUGCGCCGUACCGCGCACGCGCUCAGAAUCCGAGGACGCAGCAGCAUGUCACAAGAGGGGCUUACGUGCCAGCAGCUACAGGCAGACCUUCCCGAGAGAUGGCACCUUCACGCUCGCCCCAGAAGCCAAGCCGAACGCGGGCGACGGGCGAUCUUGGCGUUUCACACCCUUCGCGCGCUUACGAAGCGUCUACUGACGAUUACCCGGCUCAACCACUUUACCCUUCGUAUCAUUAUCAAUAUGAUCCGCGCGGAUCUUACACAUCAGACACGGAUCUGUCUUUCCAGGCCGAUUCGCGUGAUGCCUCGACACACGAUCUCUUGAGCACAUCACGAUAUCACAGACGCAACAACUCGUAA